AUGGCGAACUCAACAUUGCCCAAAAAGGACCAUAUAUCGAUCGAUGAACAUUUUGACAUUACCGACAAGUUCCAACAGUACUUCAUGGAGCUCGUAUCUGCCCAGAAGCGCAUGAAUGACUCAAUAGCCAAGGGAAUCGAAGAAGCUCUAUCGCAACUCAAAGACGUUUACUGCAAAAUAGAAGCUGAUGAAAGAGAGAAGCAUAUGAUGAGCAGUAAAUUACAUAAUCAGUCUAAACAACUGCAGAAAGUUGAGGCGGAAAGGAACGAAGAAGUUGAGCGGAGAUUGGAGGCAGAAGAAGACAGAAAAGCGGCGGACAAACUGUUUGAGGAACAGAGAGUACAGCUCUCAAUAGUAACCAAAGACCUCAAUCGACUGAAGCAGGUCUCUGAUGCUGCAACCUACAGAGAAGUAAAGCUGAAGAAAGAGCUGAAAGACAAAAAGGCAGAGACGAGAGAACUUCAGUACGAGGUGCAGGCGAAGGAAAACCGAAUCAACAUCAUGAGAGAUACAAUGGAGAAACUGGCGUAUUAUGCCCACUUCGGUCAUGAAGAGCACCCGGUUGGGGAUCCUCUAACUUGGACCCCGGAAAUGGCUGAAAGCUUCUUUGCUGAAUGGGAGUCCAUGGUUGAUAUCACGGUGCGUCGGAAAAAGGUAUUGGAACUUCUAUCAAACGUUGCCGGUCUCGAUGCCGAAGAGGUGCUUGCUUCAGAUGUCGAUCAGGUCAGGCUAUUACUCGAUGAAGCUGGCUGGAGUUUGGAAAGGGCUUGA